CAUAUUCCAAGUUCCAUCUGCCGGUCAUCACUAUCUACACAAUUAUAUCAAUAGGCCCACACCUUCUUCAUACAUUCACAAACUGUUCUAGUCAAAUUUUCUUUGACCCUCCCUCCCAAAACCACCCUUCUGCUUCUCUCGCAACUCCUCCGCCAUUUUUCGAUUCUCUCUCAUCCGAUUUCCAGAUCUUACCGUGCGGGAAAAGGCAUCUGGAAACCAGUUUUUUCUCACUGACCAAUAAGCUGAAGGAGGAGAUAUUGCUGCUAGGCUGGGAAUGCUUCCUGUAUGACAUAAAAUUUCACAGUGUCAGGUUUGCUGAAUUCAUCUAUGAACGGAUCACCUUCAAACAUUCCAGAUAUCACUGGAAGAUCAUUUCCUUCACCUUAUUCUGUCCAGUCUGGUGCCGGCUCCCCGGGUUUUCAUCACACUGGAACACUUCAAGGGCUUCACAACAUGCAUGGUAGCUACAAUGUUCCCAACAUGGCUGGUACGCUUCCAUCAAGAAAUCAAACAAUAAAUGUACCUCCAGGCAGUAUGCAACAAUCUACUGGAAACCUCCUUACUGGACGGUUUGGGUCUAAUAAUCUACCUAUUGGUCUUUCUCAGAUUCCUCAUGGUAGCUCACAUGGCCAUUCUGGAGUUACGAAUAGAGGAGGUAUGAAUGUUAUCGGAAGCCCUGUGUAUAACAAUAGCACAAAUGCUGUUGGUGGUUCGAUUCCUGGGGUACUCCCAACAUCUGCAUCCAUUGGUAACCGUGGUGGUGUUCCAGGCAUUGGGGUAUCACCUUUUCUGGGAAAUGCAGGUUCUCAAAUCACAACUUCAAUGGGAAAUGUGGCUGGCUCUGGAUCUGGCUACAUUGGUAGGAGUUCUGGUGGGACUUUAUCUAUGCCUGGUCUUGCAUCUCGUCUAAAUUUGAGUUCCAAUAGCGGCUCUGGAAGUUUAGGUUUACAAGGAUCAAAUAGAUUAAUGAAUAGUGGACUUCAACAACAAGCAUCACCACAUGUAAUGUCCAUUCUUGGAAACUCCUAUGGUUCUGGUGGAGGUCCUUUAUCUCAAAAUCACGCCCAAGCUGUUAAUAAUUUGAGCUCAAUGGGAAUGCUGAAUGAAGUGAACAACAGUAAUAACUCACCUUUUGGUGUGGAAGAUUUUCCUCUGCUAACUAGUCGACCUAAUUCUGCUGGAGGGGCUCAUGGACAAAUCGGCUCGAUUAGAAAACAAGGUAUUGGUGGUCCGGCAAGUCAACAGAACCAUGAAUUUAGCAUCCAGAAUGAAGAUUUUCCUGCUUUACCCGGACAAAAAGGGGGAAAUUCUGAGUAUGGCAUGGACUUUCAUCAAAAAGAUCUACUUCGUGAUAGCAGUGUGUCUAUGAUGCAAAAUCAGCAUUUCUCAAUGGGAAGAUCUUCCGGGUUCACCGUGGGUGGUUCAUACUCAUCACCUCGCCCACAGCAACAUCAACAACAUAUGCCGUCAGUCAGUGGUGGCAGCGACUCUUUUGUGCCUGUAAAUAAUCAGGGCCUUCAGCAUUUGCACGGAUCAGAUAUGUUUUCAUCUUCAAAUUCAACAUAUCAUAUACAGGGCAACGCGCCUUCAGAUAAUGGCAUGAGAUCUAUGAACAACUUAACUGCAAUGUCCGGUGUGCCUUCAUAUGACCAAAAAAUGCAGCAUUAUCAACAGCAAAGCCCAUCCCAGUUUCAUCUACGGCAGAUGUCAACGACAGACACGACGUUUCGAGAUCAGGGAAUCAAGUCUAAUCUGGCUACACAAGCUGCGGCUGAUAAAUAUGGAUUGCUGGGUUUGUUGAAAGUCGUAAGGAUGACUGAUCUUGAUCUGUCGUCCCUUGCUCUGGGAAUGGACCUGACAACGCUGGGUUUGAAUCUGAACUCUUCUGAAGACCUUCACAAAACGUUUGGCUCCCCUUGGUCUGACAAAGCUGUAAAGGGAGAUCCAGAGUUCGUGACACCUGAUUGUUAUAAUGUGGAAUCCACUCCAUCCCUAAAUCAUCUCUACUUCGUGAAGUUUCAGAUGGAGACUUUGUUCUACAUCUUUUACAGCAUGCCGAAGGAUGAAGCACAGUUAUAUGCAGCGAAUGAACUUUGCAGAAGAGGAUGGUUCUAUCAUAAAGAGCUCCGGAUGUGGUUAUCAAGGUUUUCCAAUGUGGAGCCUCUUGUCAAGACACCUACAUACGAGAGAGGGUCUUACCUCUCCUUCGAUCCAAGUACAUGGGAAACAAAGAAAAAGGACAACUUUGUUCUUCAGUAUGACUUAAUUGAGAAAAGACCUACCCUUCACCAACAUUAGUUAUACUAGUUGAAUGUAAAUUAUCCUGACUAUUAGCACAAUUGUUAGAAGAUGAGAUAGUUUUACUGUUACAAGUCUUGUAUUCAACAAUUAAAAGUAUUUUAAAACUGAUCAUGUUUCAGCUAUAGUUCAGUUUGGCCUCAACAAAUAGUCUUGUAUCAGAUUGUAAUUGAAUCCCAAAGUUGUUAUAAAAAAAAGGGAUAUUCUCAGCAGUAACCCCCAACUUCUGCUACGCACCAACGGUAACCCCCUUUUUUUGGAUUAUACAAAAUGACCCUAAUUAAGAAAUUUAUCUCACAUAUGACAUUAAUGAGUGUUAUUUAUUUUAAAAAAAAAACUAACUAUGGUUAACUUUGAAAAAAAUAAAUAA